AAUCAACUUCUGUGUCCGGAAAUGAACAGUCCCGUGAUGUCAGCUAGCGCCGUGUAGCAUAGGAAUGAGCCCGAGUCCGUUCACUCAUCCAAGUGCCUCCUCCUGUGACAGGCGGCGCUCCACUGUCAUCGGCUAAUAUCACUUCAACCGGUACCCGAAUCAUGUCGGAGUUUAUUUCUCUCCCCAAUGGACGUGAAGGGUGAGUGAAUAGCGCUCACAUGACAUGAGGGGGAUGCCAUUAGGUUAGCAUGUUGGUGUGCUACACAGGCUAGUUCAGCCUUGCAUUCCGCUAUUCGCUUUAUUGGGAGUCAUGUCGCGCUUUCUCCUGAGGCAACUGUCUGAUUUUGGGGACUAUACCGGCAAGACCGAGUUGUACGAGAGUUUAAAUAAUGAGCGUGACAACAGAUUGGCGAACGUUCGUCUGAGCCCAGAUGGACGUCACGUUCAUGUCAUCCUCCACAAGCCGAACAUCGGUCUUGUGACUCUGGACAAGUAUGAAAGACCUCAGCUGGUUCAAGUCCAGAGAAAGCUGGAUUUGUGUUCCAUACGAGGCGAGCCCAUUGUGGAUAUUUUAUAUUUGGACACAAAUAAUAAUAAUGGCGUCAACAGAGACUUUGUGACUGUGGCUGUGAUUUACGAGAAUGGACAAGCUGAGUUUUGGCAGUUCCAGGAUUGCAAAGGAGGCUGGAGUCUCCUGCAAACAGCCGACUUGUGUAACAGUCCCCGGGCCAGAGUGGUGUCUGUGUGCGCCUGCUCUAAUCUAAUCAUUUGGUGUGAGGAGAGGCCACCCUCGGAGAGCUCCCCCUUUCUCAGCUCUGCCAGGAAUAAGAUGAGACAUUGUAUCUGCAGGAGAGACUUUGAGGUGGUGGAGGGGGCCGUCAUUUUAGGAGGGGUGAAAAUCGCCCUUCACAACAAUCCUCGAUUCACCAUGGUCGCCUCGGGACAGUAUGUGCACCUCCUUCCAGACGUCAAAUUAAAACCACUGAAAAAAUUCUUCCUCUCUUGGUGCCCUCGUCAGGACUACUUCCGGAUCAGCACCGCGUGUAAAGCAACCCCUUUGAAAAAGCACUCGGCGAAGGAGUCUGACUUUAGGAAGCUGAUCACAGACUGUUUAGGGUUUCUGUCAGCUCUUGACCCUCCGGAGAUCCUCAAUGUCUCCCCUUCGGUGUGUGGGGGUUUGCUACUGCUUCUCAACACAGGCUGGGUUUGUCUCCUGCACCGCGAUGGGAUGCUGCGGCAUAUAUACAAGAUGGCGGAUACAUGUCCACUUAAAUACACUACGUACACCAGCCUCUGCACAUACCAGGACACCUUGAUGCUGGUCUUAGGCAAAAAUCUCUGUCUUAUUGACUCAAAGUGUGGCAGAGAGCUGGAAACAAUAACACUCGACUGGGAGGGGAUUUUGUUUUCCACAAAGACUGACGGAUCACCCCACUUGUUCUCGGAAAGUGGACUUUUCAAAGUAGUGCACCAGGAUAUGGACACUAUAAACCUAAAAAGGAAGUUGCCUUCUUUCACUGCAGCGGAGAACAUUCACCCUGGAGCCCUCUUGGUGGAAGCUGUGUUUGAGGAGGCGUGUAAAUAUUACCAACAGAGGAGCCUGAGCAGCACCCAACUCACCGUGGACACCUUAAAGGAAGGGGGGAGGUUCCAGGCACCCAUCUCUUUAGCAUCCAUACUACGUGAUUACCUCAGCCCGGUGCCCAAGCAGAAAGCAGAAGAAACUUCCCAAAAUGGAGAAAUCAGAGGCGAUGUGGCAGAGGACAAGCUGAAAGUGUCACUGGAGCUUGAGCUGAAGGCCUUGGUCGCUGUGGAAAAGUUGAAGGGGACUCUGGUGAGGGCUAGCAUGAAAGAGGUGGAGGUACUUUGUGAGAAUCUAGUCCAGAAAGAAAUAGCCCGGCUGCUGUCCGCCCCCGAGCUGCAUCGGGACGACCUGCUUUACCUCAACUCCAUCUUCAGCGUCUUCCCCUGCCAAGCAUGGAGAGCAACACAAGCUGCUCUCCAGCUCCAAGAAAAUGGGGAUGGCUCUCUGUCCAGCCAGGCGCCGCCAGACAUGUGGAAAACCGUCCUCAGUCCCACGCCGAGCUUCCCUGCCUCGAUCCCACUUACAAACGGCGGGUCAAAACAUAGGAACGGUUCCAAAGCGGACCACAAUGCCAAUUGUACAUCCAAGUCGACAAUCUCCGCUUCAUCCGUCGUCCUGCCUGUCUUUGAACUCCUCUGCCAUUCCGUUUUAAGCUUCCAGCCCACUUGGCUGCCCCGCUUCCUCGAGCUCAGCCAGCAACAGCAUGGCUCAGCCGGACUGCGCCUGAGCCUGGCCGCCUCCUCUUGGAGCUUCCCCGCUGGUAGAGCAGACAACGGUGAGAACAACGUGCCUCUCUAUAAGCGCGCCCUGAGCGUGCUGUCGUCCGCGAGAACGGAUCGGGACCAGCUGCGGGAACUGGAGGUGGAAGUGUUGAUGGUCAGCGGGCGGCCCACCGCCAUUCUCCAGGCGCUGAGGAUUCUGAUUGGACAGCAGCAGUGGGAGAAGGUGACCCAGGUGGCCCAGAGGUUCUGUAAGCAGAGUCCUCUGCUGAACAAGGAGAUCUUCACCACGCUGCUGUGUGAGGUGACCCAGCACAGAGAACUGGACCCCUACCUUGACCUGCUGUGGGCCCUGUGCCCUGAGGACCUCACCGUCACCACCAUUCUGAACCUGGUGCUGAAAAACCUCCCGCCGCCAAGCAGCUUGUCACCCUCUUCCCUUUGUGUGGACUUCAGGCCCAGUGCCUCCCCAGCUCCCUUUGGUGACCCACAAAGUGGUCAGGUGACCAUCGGUCUCCUCAAACCUCUGCUGAGAAAGGUCCUCCAGAGGGAGACCAAGCCAAGCCAGCAUUAUGCUGACAUCCUCCAGUCCCCCUCCUUCCCGCCUCCCACGCCCCCCCGCAUGCCUACAGAGCCAUCCAAAACAAGCACAGACUCACCUCGGGACAGUGCCUUACUUCCUGGUUCUAACUGCUGACCGCCUGUGAUGUGACCAUAUAUACUUUAUUUACAAACUCAGAGUUGUGUCAUAACUUUCAAGCGAUGGCUACUCCAUAGUGUUACCAUGUAAAUACUUCUGCUCAUUGUUACAUGUCCACAGUGAGCCGGUGAACUAAUUUAUCCCUUCAGCGUUACAUGCAUGUGGAUGUUAAAGUUAACAUUGGCUUGCCACAGUUGUGUUCAAGUGUUUGAAAGUACCGUAAAGCUUGUAAUGACUUAGAUCACUAACUUUUGGCCUCAUUCACACAAACCGUUUUUUCCCCCCAUUAUAUUUAGUAAAAUGCCAGCUCGGAGCUCAGGGUAUCUUCUCUGGAGUUUGGAUGUCUCUUUGUAGUACGGCUUCCUCUUGUAUUCCAAAGAUUGCAUGUUGGGUUUAUUGACAACUUCAAAUUAUCCAAAGGUGUAAAUCGAUCCAAUGUCCAUAUGUGCCCUAUUGUUGACGGCAUCUGUAUAUGCCACCUACAGCCCAAAGUCAGCUAGGAUAGUGGACAACUACUCUAACAUAUGGAUGAAUUUCUCUCCCCCCCCCCACACCCUCCCCCGAUUAUACAGUAUAUCAUUUGUGGGAGAGGGUUAAUUGUACCUUUUCUAUCAAUGACAGAUUGCUGUUUGACUAAUGCACUGGACAACUUGCAAAUAAUGUUUUUGCACUAACAGGGAAGAUUUAUUUUGGCAGAGUGCGUUGAAAAUGUAAUGUUAAAAAUACUUGUGUGGGGCGGGUGAUUUUUAUCUGACGCAUCAAAGAAAGGUUUGUCCCCAAAUGCUCCACAAUGUCCAAUGCUGUCAUUGUGAAAGCCCCCCGCCACACACACACACACACACAUUCUUUUUCAGCUCACAAGACAUUCCUGAUAGAGAUGCCAAAGGAAAAGUGACUAAUAGUUGAGACUUCAAAUUCGAGUAAUUCCAGCAUGAGGGGGCACACGAAGUCAGUUUGUCUUCCGCAGAGCUGUAAAAAAUCCUGAGUCUUAUCUCUGCUGACCUCGAUGCUCUAGUUUACUAUAACCUCAGUCAGUUUGUUUGUAUUAAGUUAUUUAAGUGCCAUGUUGUUUGGAUGUUUUGUCAUACUGUCGUGCCCCUAUUGCGGCAUUAAACAUCAUGAGAUUUAUUGCCCGUAAAGCUACUGUGACAUGUUUGUAACAGUAUCAGACUAGAUGGUUGCUUUCGUUUGAAUGUUAUUCCUGCUGUAGUAGUUUCAACACAUUUGGCUCCGCUGUAAUCAAAUGACUGUUGUCACAAAAUUUACCAAGACUCGCUUCAGUGAACUCUUUCAUUAUUAAUGUAGCUUCAACAAUUUCCUUUGUUCGGGUAAGGCUCCCCUUUUAUCAAAAAUCAGCCAAAAUGUGUGUACAAGUGUGUCUGAAUGCUAUUAAACUGUGAUAAAAUGA